CCGUAAUAUCAUUGUGUCUCCCGUAUCUGACACUUAUAUUUCCGAUAUUCCCGAUGUUGCUGCGUCCGGCGAUGACCUCGCCCAAGUGCCAUGGAAGUCUACGCUGUUCGGUAUCAAAUCCAAGAACCCUACGCCGAUCUUGGCUUUGGAACUUGGAAAAGAUUCAACGUUCUCCUUAGCAAGCAUGACAUUGGACGAUGAAGUACUCAAU